CUUUUUUUUUCUCUUUUUUUUUUUUUUUUUUUUUUUUUUUUUAAAUAAUUUUCGUUCUCCUUCCUCCUUCCAUUUUCUGUUGUUGAUCCCUUCCUCCUUGAUUUCACGUUCCAACGAAGAAAAAGAGAGAGAGAGAGAGAGAGAGAGAGAUUCAGAGGGAAGGAUCGCGUUGCCGAUCUUCGUAAAAAUCGUCGCGAAUCGUCGGGCCGUCGUGCAUCAAGACAAAGCCUGGUCCUCGUUCGUUCGUUCGUUCGUUCGUUCGUUCGUCGAAACGAGUUCGUGCAAAUCCGGCAGAUAAAGCUUGGCUUCGAGGUUCACCGAGGGACGAGGGAACAUUCGUCGAAGAAUUUCUCGAUCCAGCAGUGGGACACGAAGGAAGAAGAAACGAGAGGCAGAGAGUGUGUAUCGGAUUGUUCAGAGAGAAAGAGAAAGAAAGAGAGAGAGAGAGAGAGAAAGAGCGAAAGAGAGAGAGAGAGAGAGAUAGAAAGAAAAAGCGAGAGUGAAAGAGAGAGAGAGAGAAAGAGACGAUUACGUGAGAUAACUCUGCUGUCCUGUCUUCGGCCGAUCGUCCGAAACCAGUGGAUCGAGUUGUGAAAUAUAUCCGCGCCCUUGAUUUGAACCUCAGCAGGAGGAUAUACGUUGCCAGAAAGUUCUCUCGAAUAAGCGAGCAAAAUGUCGAUUGUAAUGCAGUACGUAGACCGGCUACAUGAGAUACUUGACAAAAAUGCAGAUCAGAGGACAACGAACUGGUUCAUGAUGAGUUCACCGUUCCCCACCCUGUUCAUCUGUCUGAGCUACGUGUACGUGGUAAAAGUCUUGGGCCCGAAGCUGAUGGAGAAUAGAAAACCAUUUCAGUUGAAGAACACCUUGGUAGUUUACAAUCUGUUCCAAGUGAUGUUCUCAGCGUGGCUGUUCUACGAGAGUCUGAUGGGCGGAUGGUGGGGCCAAUAUAGUUUCCGUUGCCAACCCGUGGACUAUAGCAACAACCCAACCGCGUUGAGGAUAGGAAUGUCCGGAUGGCUGACUGGCGACUAUUCUCUAAGGUGCCAACCCGUAGACUACAGUGAUCGACCCCAAGUACUAAGGAUGGUGCACGCUUGUUGGUGGUAUUACUUUUCCAAAUUUACGGAAUUCAUGGACACGAUCUUCUUCGUAUUAAGGAAGAAGAACGAUCACGUGUCGACGUUACACGUUAUUCACCAUGGUUGCAUGCCAAUGUCGGUAUGGUUUGGCGUUAAAUUUACACCGGGUGGUCACUCGACUUUCUUCGGACUGCUGAACACGUUCGUUCACAUCGUAAUGUACACGUACUACAUGCUGGCCGCGAUGGGCCCGAAACUGCAGCCGUACCUCUGGUGGAAGAAAUACCUGACCGUCUUCCAAAUGAUACAGUUCGUCGCGGUGAUGAUCCACGCGUUUCAACUGCUCUUCAUCGACUGCAACUACCCGAAGGCGUUCGUCUGGUGGAUCGGCCUUCACGCGACCAUGUUCUUCUUCCUGUUCAACGAAUUUUACCAGCAGUGCUACCAGCAGAAGAGGAAACCAGUGGCGAACGGCGUGAAGAAGGAUCACCAGGAGUGUCAUCAGUCGAACGGUGUAACGACGAACAGAGCAAACGGCAAUUCGUCUGGAAGAAGGGACGCGGCCGAUUAUUACGUGAAAGGCGACAGCCUGGCCGCGUCGGAGCUGAACCUUCGGAAAUCGUACACGACGACCGAGUGACCCGAUCACGCUACGUCGUAGCCUACAUCAAUUCAUCUCGUCUUUUUCCAUCGAAUUCCACGAGUCGCAUCCGGGCUUUUUUCUCAUUCCCUUCCGGUCCGGCGAUCCGUUCGAGAUCCAGCCGGAGAGAACAUCGGAGAGUUCUAAAAUUACUGCGUUGCAUCGCGGCCGCGUUGUUGUAUAGCGUUGUUGUAGGUAUUCGUGAAAGGGGAUAGAAAGUGAGAGGAUAGAAAGAGUGAUGAUACGAAGCCAACGUAUAUAGUACAGAGGUACUCCCGGAUGUGUUGCGACUCAAUGUCACGGAUCCCUGGCCUCGCGCAUUCAGGUAUUCGUGAUCCUUCUUCGGUUCGCUGUACGUACACCUGCCACGACCGACAAACGUUAACUCGCCGUCGAAUCCGCCGCUCUCCCGCCGCUCGGGCGGGUCGGUCGAGUACGCGCGAAGCAUGGAAACUGUUGCGCUGCCAUUCGUCUGAUUGUAUUUCGCGAACACGUUAAAUACCAAACUGAAUUGCAUUAACAAAUCCUGAUAAGAUCGCGGUGGAACAGAAAUAUACAUGAACGAAAUUACGUAAGAAUUUCAGUGCAUAAUUUGCAUCGUCAUUGCGUUACCGGUCACGGUAAUUCAUCGCCGUAUCACGAUGCACAACAGUAAUUGUGGAAUAAUUGUUUUUUUUUUUUUAUCAAGUACAUAGUAGCGAAAUUACUAUGUUCCUCGCAAUACGCGCGUUCGUGCCCGUUGAGAGAGAGGUAAAGAAUGCCUCUCACCUCUCCCGAAACCAGCUGAAAUUGUCCGACUCCGGCUUUUGUUGGGGGCCGUUCCUUUCGUUAGAACAGACAUUGUUGAAAAAUCAAUUUUUCGAUUUACAUAAUUUUCAAACCAGCCAGGACGAUAGCUACUUGCGAAAUGUUUUUACUGUCAUCGGUUUACGCGCGGCUCUAAGAUUAUAUAAAAACAAGGAAUUAUAUAAGACAGUUAACGGUGAGUCUUGGAUUCAAUUACGUAACAAUGCCACCGACCGUUAUUUUAUUACGUAAUUCGGGAAGAUCUCUUUUGCAUUUUAUCAGGAUCCCGCGAGUAUUAGGAAAUUCAUACUUCAUUACCUAUUCGAGAACUUGUGACCUUAAUUGGAACGAUCUGUGGCACACAGUCCGUACACUUUCCUACAAAGUUUCACGGUUACAUAAACGCUCUGGAAACUGGGCUUAAACUCAUGUCCGUAUACAGGGUGAGUCAGUUAACGUUAAAACCAAAAAAUUUCUCCCGUCAGAUUUUAAUAGUACGAAGAAAUGAUUAAAGGAAGAAAAAUAUUUGGCGAGUAUCGUGACAAGGAAAAUUUCUUUCUCGAGAUCCUGACCAAAAAAUGCACUGGCAUUUUCUCCUAUUGUUAAAAACCUAAGGAAAGAAUCUUUCAAUCGCAACGUUACACGACUCAUCCUAGAUAUAAUACAGAAUUGUAUUUCGCAAAAUGCCAAGUUUUUUUUUUUUAAUCAUUGUAAUUUAAGAUAUAUUUUGCGAAUAUUUCCUCUUCGCAAGCAAAAGCCUGCACAUUAUAAACACGUAAAAGUUACUCUCAUUCCAACAUAAAUAAAUCGUCGAUAUGUAUACACAUUCGAUUUCGAGCGAUACUUUACAUACGCGGCAAUUGUACGCACAGUGUAACAUGUUCAGCAUUGUACAUAAAAUACAUCAUCGAUUUGAUAUGUUCGACUCAAAAGCCAUUCAGCUGAAAUUAAAAGAGAAAAAAAAAAAAAAAGAGGAGAAGAGAAAAGAAACUGUAAGGAAAUUGUGUGAAACUGUAAGGAAAGAAUGUAUUAUAUACGAAGCAAUAAAUCGAGAGAGUGUACAAAACUAAUUGUUUAAGCUAUAAGAAUGACUACUAAUCGACGAUAAGGAUGAUUGAGAAGAACAUUAAUUUAGUCGAGAAUAAAUAACCGAUGUUGUAUAUUUGAGAUUUUUCACUGAUUGGCUUUUAUGCCGAUAUGUAUUAUUAUAGGCAUCGCGAAGCCGCGCAAAGCUAAGGAAACUCACGUUUUUGAUUUUACCGAACGUUCAAUCAUCGAAGGGACAAGAGAGCAACGUCAUCCGUGCCUUGCGAGCAAACUGAUGUGCCUUAAUAUCUAGAAUGUUCUGAUAAUUACGCGCAAUGGUCAUUCAAAGCUCAAUAAACAGCGAGGUGAUCGGCGAAAAUCCAGAAGCAAGGGAUCGCGUUUCGUUUUGUAACACGGUCGCUGGCGUCGAAGCUGUGAUUACCAAAAUAUUUCGUCGCAUCACUUGUGAUCUAGACAUUAAGGUUUCAAACUCGAAACGCGUCGUCAAACAAGCCGAAUUAAUCAAGGGGGUUUUCUAUCGUUUUUUUUGUACGUAAAUACGUGAAAUUAUAUAGGAUUAAAUCGUUGAUCAAAUUUUUCCAACAUCACAGUUGUUGAAAUUAUUGUUAGAGAAGUAAGAAAAAUCUACGAACGUUUAUAUUUUCUAGCGUGAAGAUCAAGUUCCCGAAUUCCGCACAAAUAAUAUUCUAAUAUUAACGAUACUUCUAUUUUUCUAAGCGAAUGCUUGUAAGCCAACAGAUGUGUGACGAAUAUCGCUCGUGUAUCGCAUGAUCCAACGUUUUCUCUGUCUAUAGAAUUUUUGCGUGCCUCGCAAUAUUUGCACGAUGCAACAUUCUUAUCGAACCGCAGUUUGUACGUUUGAGAGACUCUUUGUACAUUUCUUUUGCCCAAAAAUUACAGCGAUUAAAAUAUAAUUCCCGAACUUUGUACCACAGAUAAAAUCGGAUAGUAUGAUGAUACGACUGGUUUGCACGAAAUGUCCACUUUGUGUUUCGUUCGCUUUGCACGUUUCGUAUACCCUGUACAUAGAUAGGAUAGUUUUGUAUUGUUGUGAGGAAAGGAAAAA